UGUUAUCUUUUAGCAUCCAUCCAUCCUUCAUACAUACAAUCACUAUCGUUAGUUCAUUGAACUUAACUUGUGUUGUUCUUUUGAGUAUGUGUCAUCACCUUAGAAAAUCUGCCAUGUCAUCAACGAAUGAGCGCGUCUACUGCUUUGACUGCCAAGAGUUUGUUUCAGACGAUUCUGACACAAACAUACAAUGUGUUAAGCUCAACAGUGAUCCAAAGGGCCUGCGUGUUUCGCUUAGAAAGUUGUUUCAUAGGAAAGACAUGUCACAUCAUAAUUAUCAGAGUAGUUACGAUGAGUCAAUAGGGAAGUGGCAACCCACAAGAGGGAAACGCGCACUUCUUUGUGCGGUGACAUACAAUAAACAGAAAUAUAAACUUAAAGGAACUAACUAUGAUGUGAUCAGCAUGCAAGAGUUACUAACUACACGGUUUAAGUUUCCGAAAAGCUCAAUCCGUAUCCUUGCAGAAAUGGACACGCACCCUCAUCCAACAAAAAGAAAUAUCCAAGAAGCUUUGCGGUGGCUUGUGAAAGAUAACCAACCCGGGGACUCACUGGUAUUCUACUUUUCGGGUCAUGGGUUGAGGCAACCGGAUUUUUUUGACGAUGAAAUUGACGGGUUUGAUGAAACAAUAUGUCCUCUAGAUUUUAGAACUGCGGGAAUGAUCGUUGAUAAUGAAAUCAACGACACCAUUGUUAGACCUCUUAAGACCGGUGUCAAACUUCAUGCCAUUAUUGAUGCUUGUCACAGUGGAACAAUUCUUGAUUUACCGUAUGUCUAUAGCACAAAAAAUGACAGGAAGGGUUGGUUAGAUAACAGGCCUCCAUCUGGUGUUUAUAAAGGUACCAGUGGCGGACACGCCAUUUCUAUAAGUGCGUGUGAAGAUAAUCAACUUGCUGCAGAUACAUCUGCUUUCUCAGAGACAGGAAAGCAAAUGGAAGGUGCGAUGACAUUCACUUUUAGGAAAGCAGUAGAGAACACAACUAGGGUGACUUACGCUAGUCUCUUGGCUUCAAUGCAUAACGACAUUUUGGCAGCCAAGAGAAAAUGUUUCAGUCUACGGGGACUGUUUCACCGCGAAAGACUACAGGAACCUUUACUAUCUUCUUCCAAAGAAUUUGAUGUCAAUGAUCCCUUUGUGCUAUGACUCUACCACAAGGAGCUUCUACAGUUGACUUGCAAUAAAUCAUUAGGAGCAAAUCACAUGCUACCGUAACAUUUCUGAAUACGAAGACCAUUAGAUAUGAAGUCUUAACCUUCUACAUAGACAUAGAUACAAUCUUGUGUGGGGCACCCGCGUCAUGUCAGACGUUGAAUGUACCAUUUUCCUAUGAUUCUUUCUUCCGAAAA